GUUUUCAAACAGAAUUUUUUAAAACAACAUAUUUCAGUCCCAAGAUUUUAUCCGCUCUCAACAUAUAUUUCGUUAAAAAAAUUCUUUCAAAAUGAUUGGGGUGCUUGUAAGCAAAACAUCACUUGGCGUUGUGGCCGGCUUAGCCAGCGCGGCAUUUGUUGGGUAUUGCGUCUAUUUCGAUAGUAAGCGACGCAGCCAUCCGGAAUUCAAAAAGAAUCUCUACGAGCGACGUCGUCGCAACCGAAAAGCCGAGGAGCAUGAAAGUGUGCCUAUUUUGACCGAUCAACGAUCCAUCGAACGCUAUUUUAUGCAGGAAAUCCACAAGGGCGAGCUUCUGAUCACCGAGGGUAACUUUGAACGGGGCGCCGAUCAUCUUAUGAAUGCGAUCGUUGUCUGCAACAAACCAGGCAAGCUACUCAGCGUGCUGCAAUCGACACUGCCUGUGGAGGUGUUUACUCUGCUCGUGUACAAAUUGAACAAUUACAAUAUGAACGCCCAGAGACAGACAAGUAUAAAUGAUAAUUUAAUGACUGGACUAGUUGCUGACGACGGAAGUGUGGAAUAGGUCAUCCAAAUCGUCGAUUUAAACUCCCAAAUUUCUAUUCGUUUAUUCUUUCAAGAUUCAAGUUAAUACGUUUUAAGCAUUAUAUAUAUCUAUGUAUAUAUAUAUAUAGUGAAAGUAAGAGAGCCGAAAAUGAUUAUUUGUAUUUUCAUCUGUGAAAUGAUACGAUUACCUAGUUAACAAUAGAAACCAAUUGGACUAAUUA